AUGUUAACAGCCAACUGCCGCACCACCACUGGCCAGUAUAAGUGCUCCAAGCUGGAUCUUAACAAUUGUAUCAAGAACAGCUAUGGACGGCUACAGGAGGAUCCUACAGGGUCAGGGCCACAUUUCGGCGAUCCAAAUCAAUGCCUGGAGUGCAGUAACAACAGCCCAUCUAAUGGCCUUACCAUCGGUAUCACUCCCGCUCUUCUGUGGUGCAAGUGCAAUCCUGGCACCGGUGCUGCCCAGGCCAGUUGGCCGACAGCCAUUUUCGACUUGAACACUGUGGUCACCAACAGAAACGGUGUGCUAGAGUGUUUCAAGUCCAAGGGAACAUCAUGCUAA